AUGCCACGCACCCGGGGGGACAAGGGGGCCCCCAAGGACACGGAGGCCCCGGGUAAGGGGAAAGGAGGGGAGGUGGGUGAGAAAACCCCCAAAGCCCCUGAGGACAGAGGACCCCCGGCCACCAAAAACCCUGGCUCUGAGUCCCGGCACAGCAGCCAUGGGCAGAAGAACAGCAAGAAAGGACCUGGGGACCCCAAUGCUACCGCCACCAAGACCUACUCCCCCUUCCUCAACACCGUCUUUGGCAAGGUGGGGGCCGUCGGGCAGGUGGGUGGCCGUGUGGACUUCGAAGACUUUGUGCAGAUGAUGGGUCCGAAGUUGAGGGAGGAGACAGCCCACAUGGUGGGCGUGAGGGAGCUCAAGAUCGCCUUCCGGGAG